AAUUCCAAACACACCGGAUCCGUGGUCACAGGCCACGUUUGGUAUCGUCCGUGUAACUAACCGCGGUCACCAAGCGACCUUCCCUGGCAACAAACGUCCUGGGAUUUCGGGACUAUUUGGGAGGCUAGUUUUCCUUCCCCAAUCGGGUGUGCAACGAUUUACGAAAGAAAACAAAAAAAAAUCUGAGUGCCUGUGGAUUAGUUUCCAUCGAUCGCGCGGAGAGUGAGUUCCACCAGAGCGAAUCGUGGAUCGUAGAGGGGACACCAUCCGGGGAAACCCUGCCGGUGGCUCUGAGUGGUCGGGGCGCGUGGCGCUACGAAACGCGUACGCCUAUAUAUAAAUAGUUGAUGGUUCGGUCGGAAAGAUUUUAGUGCGCUGUUGGACAGUCAGGCCCAUCUUGCUAGGAGUGUGUCCUCACUCACCCAGAGAGUCCUAUUUUAGUGCUGCGAGGAGUUCCUGUGGUUCCACUGCAGGAGAGUGUGGAAUUUAACUGGGAAAGUGCGCGCCCUAGUCGUGUGUGCACCAAACAAAAAAAAACAAAAACAGUGCAGUAGCCUUGAAAUGGCGAAUGUGAUAAAGUUGAUCGGUUUUCUGUGCUUAGUGGUGACAAUCGCCGGAGCCGAAUACCGUGUGAAGCGACAGGACGACGAUGGUGAGCCGGAAGGCGACAACAUCGACGAGCUGUGCAAGGACCGACCGGCGGACGAAUACUUCCGUCUGUCCACCGAUGGCGAUUGCCGUGAAGUCGUGAGGUGCGAUAAUGCUGGCGAAAAUGGCAUCACAAGACUGGCACGCGUACGUUGCCCAACCGGGUUAUACUUUGACGUUUAUCGUCAGACCUGCGAUUGGAAAACGAACGUUAAGAAUUGCGAUGAACUAGGAAAACCAAGAAAGGUCCUUCCUAUCCUGAAGACCGAUGAGCCAAUCUGUCCCGAGGGUAAGCUGUCCUGCGGAAACGGCGAGUGUGUCGACAAGGAGCUCUUCUGUAACGGUAAACCCGACUGCAAGGAUGAAUCGGACGAGAACGCGUGUACCGUUGAACUGGAUCCAAACCGUGCCCCAGACUGUGACACCACGCAGUGCGUCCUUCCGGAUUGUUUCUGCUCAGCCGACGGAACCCGUAUCCCCGGAGGCAUUGAACCCCAGCAGGUGCCACAGAUGAUCACCAUCACCUUUAACGGUGCCGUCAACGUUGACAACAUCGAUCUCUACGAGGAUAUCUUCAACGGCCAACGUCAGAAUCCAAACGGCUGCCAGAUCCGUGGUACCUACUUCGUGUCGCACAAGUACUCCAAUUAUUCCGCCAUCCAGGACCUCCACCGCAAGGGACACGAAAUCUCCGUUUUCUCGCUGACCCACAAAGAUGACCCGAACUACUGGAGCCAGGGAACGUACGACGACUGGCUGGCUGAGAUGGCCGGUGCUCGGCUGAUCAUCGAACGUUUUGCCAACAUUACGGAUGGCUCGAUCAUUGGCGUUCGCGCUCCUUACUUGCGCGUCGGCGGUAACAAGCAGUUCGAGAUGAUGGCCGACCAGUUCUUCGUGUACGAUGCCUCAAUCACCGCUUCGCUCGGACGUGUCCCAAUCUGGCCGUACACUCUGUACUUCCGCAUGCCCCACAAGUGCAACGGAAACGCCCACAACUGCCCAUCGCGUAGCCAUCCGGUGUGGGAAAUGGUCAUGAACGAGCUCGAUCGUCGUGACGAUCCAACGUUCGACGAAUCGCUGCCUGGUUGUCACAUGGUUGACUCUUGCUCCAACAUCCAAUCCGGCGAACAGUUCGGACGUCUCCUGCGUCACAACUUCAACCGUCACUACAAUACCAACCGUGCCCCACUCGGACUCCACUUCCACGCCUCCUGGCUCAAGUCGAAGAAAGAAUACCGCGAAGAACUCAUCAAGUUCAUCGAGGAGAUGCUGGUCCGCAACGAUGUCUUCUUCGUUACCAUGCUCCAGGUCAUCCAGUGGAUGCAGAACCCAACCGAGCUGAACGCUCUGCGUGACUUCCAGGAGUGGAAGGAAAAGUGUGACGUCAAGGGACAACCGUACUGCUCACUGCCGAACGCCUGUCCGUUGACGACCCGCGAGCUGCCAGGUGAAACCCUGCGUCUCUUCACCUGUAUGGAGUGCCCGAAUAACUACCCCUGGAUUCUGGACCCAACCGGGGACGGUUUUACCACUAAGUAAGCUGAUCGAUCUCUCGCUAGGCCAAUUGAGUUGGGAGCCACUCCAAACUACUUAAAGUCUGAUAUAGCUGGUUGAGCACAACAGAAACAAACAAAAAAUAGACAUUCAGCGUUAAGAAUCAAGUGAGAGACUCUAAAAAGCGGCUCCGUUGCUCCCUUUCCCUUUCCCUCCCCCCCCCCCCCACUCCCGACGGAGCCAAGACGUCUGUUGUAAAUAAUUCCAACUUCUCACGUCCCUCAAUCCCGUCGUCACUUUUAGUAAUCCCCUCCUUCGUCCUUUUUCACACUUCAGUCAUCAUGUUUACUGUAGUGAAGAGUAACUGGUGUGUUAAAUGAAUCAACAAGAUUGAACGUGAUAAUAUUAUUGAUUAAUUCUCCAAACCUACCAUAAAGUGCGUUUGAAGGUUGGUAAAAGCGGGGCGACUAGUGACUGCCCCCACAGUUAUGUGUGGUGGAAGCGCUAGUGUUUUCUAUUACAAGUACUCGUGUUUUUAAAUAUUAUUUUAAAGACUAUUUUUUAACUUAAUCGAAGAAAACGCAAACCAAGCACAGUCGCUACGUCCAGCAAAGUUUUUUCUCUUGCUUGUAUUUGUUUUGUUAAACUAUCAAUCUACAACCUACGGAGGCCAUCCCGAUAGAUGAUCUCCUUCGUAGGAGAGUGUUUGCGGCUGAUAAAUUAGGAUGAUAUUAAAUGAAAAGAGAAAACAAGGUAUGAAAAUAAACUUUACAUAAAAACUAA